AUGUUUGGCAAAAAUUUACAACAUCAAGAUUUAGACCCAAUAAUUUGUACAUAAUACAAUUGAAUAUGCUAGAAUCAACCAUGUAGCAACCUUUCAAAAAGCAAAGUUUAAAAUAUCCAAAAAGAAAGUUAAAAUAUUUUUAAUAAGUCUAAAAGAGUGAAAGCUCUGGAAAAGGAUGACGAAAACAAGAAAGUAGUAUCAUUCAUUAUAAUAAAUACGAAAACAACUUAACCGGGGAAAGGUACUGAAUUAUAUUGAAUGAACCCCAACCAAACAACAUUAAAUUUUGAAGACAUUAAUUUAAUACAACCAAAUAAAAGAAAGAAAAUUAAAUAAAUUUAUAGACGUUAAAAUAAGUAAAGAAAUAGACCCCACCAAGCCUCUUCCCCUCUUCAAACCCUUAAAAUCUUCCCUCCCUCACCCCAUUAACUCUCUCAGUUUCUUACUUUGAAACCAAUCUCCAAACAUACAAAGGAAGAAAUAAUUUUUUUUCUUGUCCUAUUUUUCUUUUAUCAAAGAACAUAAAAAGAGAAAAAAAAAUGAAGCUCCCAUUUCUAAACAAGAACAACUCUUCGUUUUCUUGUUCUUCAAAUUCAAAUUCAGUUUCAUCAUCAACAAAUACCACUUCAUGGCCAUGGCCUUCUUGUCAUCAAAAACCUAAAACCAUAUCUUUCAGAGCAACCAUCACUUUCACCAACCCUAUCCAUGACCAAGACGAGGAUGAGCUCGACCCACCUGAGGGUACUGAGUCGAUAGAGAGUGUGAUAAAAGGGCUAAGAUCAUCAGAGAGACUCAUCUUCGAAAGUAAAGGAGAAUCCAACUCUAUACUCGAAGAAGCUACGACUAAGCAAGAAGAAGAAGAAGAAGAAGAAGAAGAGGAAAGUUUCAUGCUCUUGUCCUUGGAAUCAGACGACCCUUACUCUGAUUUCAAGGGAUCCAUGGAGGAGAUGGUUGAGGCACACGCGCUUCACCACGACUGGAAAAGCCUCGAGAAGCUUCUCUUACAGUUCUUGAAAGUCAACGCCAAGACCAGCCAUCGAUACAUUUUCGCCGCUUUUGUCGAUCUCCUCUCGAACUUAACACUGCACACGAAUGAACCCAUCAAUAUCAACAUUUCAAAAGAAGAAGUAGAACGCGCCACCGCCGGAGAAGCAAGCACUUCUUGUUGUAACAGUGUGAGUCUUGGCGAGUCUCCGUUGUCUCCUUUGUCACUCUUCACGUCGUCUUCUUCUUCUUCUUCUUCUUCCUCCGAUGAGACUUCCUCGACGUCCGUACGAUUCUUGCCGCUGUCUUCUUUGUUAGAGAUGGAUGAGAAACCUAAAGACAUUUUGGUUUAGAAUGCUUUUCUUCUUUAUUUCUAUUUUUUGUAUAAUUAAAAUUUGUGUAGGAUCGUAACAUUGACUACCCUUAAUAUUUUAUAUUGGUAUAUGUUCUCUUACGUUAUAGUUUUUCAUUUAUGUGGAUUUUUGUUUGUUAAUGUGAGGAUGAUGAUAGUUGGAUCGGACCA